UCACCGGCACCCACACACAACUACGUCAUCCCUUUGACGAGAUCGUAAACAUUGAGUGCUCACUCAAGCUUCCAAUGCAUAUCAAAAGGCGCGACAGUAGAACUAGCGCGGGAAGGAGAAUGCUUGUAAAUUCGUGCGUAAAUUCAUACCGGCAAUUUUGGAGCAAGCACAUGUUUCACUUGAUCUCACUGUUUACAUCAUAGUGACAUUGUAUUUGAUCAGUUUUCGGUAUCAUUACCAAGGAACGAUUUUCUGUCUCCAUAAGGUGACUUUCUCUCUUCGGGAUAUAUCAAGAUUGUGUGUUCCUUAUUAGGAAGACGAAGGGUUUGUGAAGGUAACUGUACAAGCCGGCACGAGUCCCUUGGCUUCUACUAUGCCGCCGUCUAAAGAAAAGAUGUCAGCCGUGUUGAAUACCUCACAGGAGCCGUGUCUUCACGAAGUAAACGGAUAUUACACCAAAGGUAAACAGAUGGGCGACGUCGAACCAGUCCGACUUCGACGCGAAGUCGGAAUCUUAAAUUGUGUAACUGUCAUCGUCGGCUGUAUCGUGGGCUCGGGUAUAUUCCUCUCACCCCGAUCCGUUUUGGAAUACUCAGGAUCGGUGGGCAUGUCCCUUGUUGUCUGGACAGUCUCAGGUCUGUUUUCAUUGAUAGGAGCCCUCUGUUUUGCUGAACUUGGUACAACCAUUACUAAAUCUGGUGGGGAAUAUGCCUAUAUCCUCAAGGCCUUCGGAGAGUUACCUGCCUUCAUAUUACUAUGGGUGACUCUCCUCAUCAUCAACCCAACUGGGCAGAGCAUCACAGCGCUCACUUUCGCAAAUUAUGUCGUUCAGCCCUUCUACAUCGAGUCAGACUGCGGACCCCCAGAUAUUUUCGUUCGUCUUCUUGCUGUAAUGUGUAUAAGUAAGUAA